AUGAUAGAGCAGAGAUGGCCAACAACCAGAAAUAGCUCAUCACAUCAUCAUCCACAUCAUCUGAAUUCGCCGCACGUCUUCACGAAUUUUCAUCCAUCGUAUAGAAGUCACUCAAUUGACGCUAUUGUGAAUCGAAGCUCCUCCGCCUACUUCCAACACCCCAAUCACCGCCCAUCCUAUCCGUCUCGAAACCAUCCGGACUAUCCGAUUUGUGGUGUUUCCCCGGCAAGACAUUUGUCUUAUAAUCAUUUUUACAACCAAUCCUCUGCUGAAAUCGAAGAAAUGCUGCGUACACGUCAAUUUCCAGAGAUCGCCGGAAUCUACGCCAGCGAUGAGCAACCAUCGCUAAGAAGGUUCACUCGUUAUAAUCAAUCGAUAAAUCAAAAAUCCGUCCCACCGCCGGCGCCUCCGAAUCCGCCAAAAAUGGAUAAGGAUAACAAUAAUGGAAGUUCCAGAGGAUCCAUUUUUUUUAAAAGCUCGAAGAAGCCAUUAUUCUUCAUGGGCAAUUGGACAUUCCGCGAGAGGAACAAAUCGGCGCGUCCCUCGAUUUCCGAAGCCCUUCGUGAGGAACGUCCACAGAGUAUGAAUCUGUCGGACAUCCGGACAAACAUACGGAGUAAAUCUGGAGAAGUGCUGGGACCCAGAAACCAGCCGGGAAUUUUGAAUUCCGAAUUUCCGAGAAAUAUUGAAACGAGGGUUCCGGUGAAAAUUGAGAGAAGCUCCAUGGUCAAAAGGAAACCGUCGAAUUUGGGAGGAUCAACUGAAGUAUCGAUUAGUACGACUAGUUCUAGUCCAAGUCCAUCAUCAUCGUCGUCGGCCACCACGAUUACUGUAGACGAUGAUCAUCCGGACGUUACCGCAAUUCUGCGUCCUAAAAAAGAAAUGGACGGCAAUUCGACAUUAAUCAACAACAAUAGAUACAGUUUUCAAUCGUGCGUCCAACUCCGGAAGUCUUGUCCCGAUCUGGACACCACAACAAUGAGCAAUAUGGAGCAGCAUCGCGUUUCAAAGAAGCGGACUCGGCGAGCCAAAGAGAAAAUGUCCCAAGCGGCAUGGAAACGAAAAGAAGUCAAAGAAUGGACGCUGGAUGAUGUAUUACUGUGGCUACAGUAUGCUCAGAUGGAUGAUGUAGCUGGAUUAUUGAUUGGUUAUGAUUUGAGAGGAGAGGAUUUGUUACAGUGGAAUGAUCAAACGCUUGCUCAACUCGGUGUUUCCGACCCAGAAACUCGUCAGAAAUUGCUCAGCGAACUCGAAAAAAUCAUUAAAAAUGGUCCAGAAACGUUUUCAGAAGAUCCGAAAAAUAAUCAUAAAACAUUAUUCGAUAUCGUUAAACAAACCAGUUAUGAUCAGGUACUGGCUGUGGAAACACCGUUGACUACAAGGGACAUUACAGUAACUCAUGGGCGAUUGGGAUGCCUGCAGAUCACUAAAGUCAAUGGAGCGAACUUGCCAUUAAAGGAGCAUGAUUGCCUUCUGGAAAUCAAUGAGCGAUCCGGGGAACAAUUUAAAUCUGCUUUAAUGCUAACAAAACUGAUUUCCGAUUCCAAUGGAUCGCCAAUUAGAUUUGUGGUGCUUCGAAGGAAAACUGACACAAUUAUAGUUGAAGAGAAGCAGGUAAUUAAUUAA